AUGGAGCGUCUUCCUGAGCGUCUCAUGACGCCGGCGAGGCUCAUAUUCCAAGCCGCUGUAAGGGCGAAGGUCCCUGCUAUUCUCGUAGGGGGGGCAGCAGUGUCGCUGAAUGGUUCGAAUCGUUUUACAAAGAUGAAUUGUGAUUUGGAUAUAAAUGUCGCGUCAUUCAAUUUCCUCACUCAAAGAUCGCGUUUUGAACCUCCCGCUCUGCCUAAAGAAUUUUCAGUGCGACAAGUUUCAGCUACAUGUCUCAAUGUUACCUAUAUGCAUCCCUUAGAAGCCAUCCGUUGCGACAUGUCCACCAAUUAUGCUACGGCGCUUCCUUCCCUGAUGUCUUACACGCGACAGGUUGGCCACGUUCGUUAUGCUGCAUGCAAUCUUCUGUUGGCCCACAAGAUAAGAACAUAUGGAGACCGCUGGAACGGUAUCAAAUUAGCAUCGGAUCUCGAAGAUAUUGUUUUUUUGGUGGGGUUAAUGAUGGACAGAGGCGAAAGAAUGCCCCAAGUAUUAAGACAGCUCAUUUUGACGUCCGACGUCCUUGACAGUUUUCGAACGGCGCUUCCAGAAAGUGAAAGACUAUUGUUCAAAUUCCUUGCAGACGUGAGCAUAGGUGGGUGA